UUGCUGAGCGGUUGAGUUGGCUCGCGUCGCUUUGUCGCGCAGAUCUAACUGUGAUUAAAAUCGCAUAAAUUAAUAAUAUGAUCGCGUACAAUUAAAAAAUGUUUAAGAUAAAAGCACAAAAAUCUGUAUAAAUUAAGACCAAUAUGCUGUGAGCGCAAAAUAAGUUAAAAUAACGAGUUCACAACUAAGAAAAUGGCGGCGUAGCAAACAAUAAAAAGCAACGACAACAACAACUCGGGAACAACUACGUAAGCAGCGCAGCUUAAUAAACUCUUUUCGGCUGCACAAAAAAUUAAUCUGGUUUUAUGUUUUACUUUUAUGAGGCGCGCGCGCCAUUUGUAUCUGUACAUUUGUGUUCGUGUGUGUGCGUGAGUGAGAGAGUGCUAGAAGAAAAUACCAUAAAAAGGCAACGACAAAUACAAUAAUUAAUGCCCUGUUACAAUUUUACAUUUGUUUACUUUUGUGUGUCAACUUUCGUCGCGGUUGUCUUUUAAUGUGAUUAACUUGCUUUUUGUUAUUGCUUUUUGGAAAUAGAAAGACGUAAACAGUGUAAAAUAGCUUUUCCACACAUUUAAAAGGAGUCGCUGCAGCUAAUUUGGCCAGCGCGGCGAGCAGUAACAGAAGCGCGCCAUGCAUCGCUCACUGAAGCCGCACGCAUCGACGGCACAAGCUAAAAAGGUACAGCCGCCAACAAUACCAGGAGAUCUACAGCCGACGCCCGCCUCGCCCAUUGGCAGCCAUCACCAGCCCUUAAUACCGAUCUACAGGCUGAGCGGGCCACUGCGACACCAUCAGCAGCAGCAGCAGCAGCAACAGCAACACCAACAGCAUCAUCAACUGGACGAUGGGAUUAGCAGCAUGAGCGGCAGCAGCAUUGUCUCGUCGCCCUCGCUGGAGGAGGGCGGCUUCAACUUGCCGCGCGAGACGAGCGUGGCGCUGCGCAUGAAGGAUGAAACGGUUGCAGGCGCUGGCGCAGCAGCAGCAGCCGGAGGUGUUGGCUCUGGGAGCAAACAGAUUACGGCGCAGGCUCCGCUGCCGCCCAGCAUUGUGGCCUGCCCGCCGCCCGUGUUUUGCGCCACGUUGCGCGAGCCGCUCACCCACAAGGCGGCGGUGUACUAUCAUCAGCAGCUGGCGCUGCAAGAGGAUCAGGGCAUUGAUUUGACCCAGUCGCCUGGUCGCGAUUCGCCGGGCUCCUCGUCGGGCUCGGCCGGCUCUGGGUCGCGGCACAGCACCGCCAGCCUGGACUCGGGCCGUGCCUCAUCUUAUUUAACCGGCGUCUCCUCGUCGGGCGCUUCUAUACGCGCUCCGCUCUCCUCGCCCCGCUGCAGCUCCGUCAGCUCGUGCUCCAUCGGCAGCGUCGAUCGUCAGCGCAACGAUGAGCUUAUCAUUGACUGGCUGCUCGAGAUGAAGCACGAGGAGUACGCCCAGCUGUUCAUAGCCGCCGGCUACGAUUUGCCAACGAUUGCACGCAUGACGCCCGAGGAUCUCACCGCCAUUGGCAUCAAGAAUCCGCAUCAUCGCGAGCGCAUCAAGCAGCGCAUCGACAAGCUGCAGGUGCUCGACAACCUGCCACACUUCGUGCCGGGCUCAAUUGAGGAGUGGCUGCAGCUGUUGCGCUUGGAGGAGUACAUACAGCCCCUGCUCGAGCAGAACUAUAAGACAGUGCGCGAUGUCACCCAAGUGACCUGGGAGGAUCUCGAGGACAUUGGCAUUGUCAAGCUGGGCCAUCAAAAGAAAAUAUUGCUGGCCAUCAAGCGGGUCAAGGACAUUAUCAGCGGCAAAUGGAAUCCCGGCGGCGCCAAUGCCUAUCAGCAACAGGUGCGUCAGCCACGUGGCAAGAGCCUGGAAUCGCUCGAGGAUAUACACGACAACAGCACGCGCAGCCAUUUGACCUUUAGCCACUAUACCACCACGGACUAUGGACAUUUUGGGCCGCCCACGACAGCGGCAGCAGCAGCAGCAAUGGCAGCUGCGGCCACACUGCAGCAGCAACAGCAUCAUCAGCUGCUACAGCAGCAACAGCAGCAAGCGGCGGCAGCACGUCUGCUGGGCAGCAAUGCGGCAGCCAUGGCCUGGCGACGUUCCUACGAUGAUGGCGACAUAACACCCACCAACGAUGCCACGCGCGAGCUGCUCUACGAGGAGGGCGGUGGCACUCUGCCACGUCAGCAACGCGGCAUACUUCAACGAGCCGUGCUGAAUACGAUGCCGCCACUGGAACACCAUCACUAUAUGAACGCAGCUGCGGCGGCAGAGUAUGUGACAGCCGGUGGCGCUGAUGGUGCAACAUCCUAUUUGAGCGGCAGCCCCUUGACGGGCAAGAAGAUUGCGCCGGAGCCACCGCGUCGCCACUGCAGCAUACGCAACUCGCGUCAGUUGAGCGCGGAUGCAUCGCAGCAGGCGGCAGUUGCUGGGGCUAACCAACAGCAACAGCAACAGCAGCAGCAACAGCAGCAGCAGCAAGCGCAGCACAUGUUCUAUGGUCACACGGCGCAACAUUGGCAGCAGCAGCAGGCGGGCGGUGUGAGUGCUCAGCAGCAGCCGAUCUAUGCCAACUAUGCGACCAUACAGCAGACAACGGCCGAGAUACAUUGCGAGAAGUAUCAUGACAAUAAGUCAAAUUCCAGCAUCGACUCGAUUGACACGAUACCCUUUGCCAAUGAGAACACCGGCACCAUCAAGCAGCGUCUGCUCAAUCGCCAGGAGCUGCAAUCGGGCGGCGGCGGCGGCGGCGCAGCGGGAGCGAAUGCUGGACAUCAUGCGGCCGGCACGCACCUGCAUUCCUCCAGCUCCAGUUCCAGUUCGUCGUCGACGAACACCAUUGCCAACAUAGCGCAUUCGUUCCAUUCGCUGAAAUCUUCCAGUUCGCUGCACGAUGCCACAAUGGCGCGCAGCGACAGCAUGAACAGCACAGCAAGCGCUGGCAGCAGCGCCCUGCAUUUGCGCUCACCCACCCUAGACAUGGCCAGUGGUACCGGCAGCGGUAUCAUUGAGUCGGCAGCCUCACCAGAGCCAACAGCAGUAGCAGCAGCUGCUGCACCUGCCACUGUUAACACGGUGCCGCCCAAGGUGUCGGUCAAUGUGCUCAACGACAUUGGCAAUAUGUUGGCCAAUUUAACGGAUGAGCUCGACGCCAUGCUCGAGGAGGAGAAGCGAGUGGGCCUGAACAUUGACAGUGAGUAAGGCAGGCGCCCGCCCCAACAGCAGCAACAAUCCGAAUGCAAAGUUUCCUUAAGAUGAACGCCCACAACUCGUCCCCCAAUUUGUGAACGAGAAACAUUCACGUAGUGUAGCUGAAUUUUUUGUAAACGUGUAUAGUUACGCCGGCUCGACUCGUCGACAAGUUGUUUCUUUGCUGCCAGCGUCGAUUUUCAGUUAUGUUUUCAUAUCAUUUGUCUAGUUCUUAUUGAUGUCUUAAUUAUAAUUUAAUUGCUUAAGUUGAAAGUUUUGCACAAGUGCAUCACACGUAGCUCUAAAUAAUUGGUCUACUUAUGCUACGGCAGAUUUAUAGCUGAACUAAAUUUAGUCGAUUACUUGUUAAACUUGAAACCAACGGGGAAACCAGAUAUGUUUCCCCUACGUGUACAAAGCAAUAAAUCUAUAUAUAUUUAAUUUCCAGACAAAUCAAAUCAAUCCAGUUAACUGUCAGACAUUCCAAACUUAAGCACUUCAAACUUAAUAUAAUAAAUAUUGUAUAUUUAUUUUGGCUACUAAGCCGUAGGCUGUAGCAUAAACAGACCAAUUAGCUAAUCUAUAAGUUGAACAAUUUUACAUUGACGAGGCGCCAGUUUUAUUAAUUAUGAUAGAUCCACACAACAUUUAGCUGUGUAUGAAAUGUAACUCGAGAAACUACAACAGAAAAGCUUUUGAAACACGUAUACUUUUGUACUUUCCCUAUGAAUGUUAACAAAAUAAAAAAAAAAA